GUAGCAUAAUCUGUGUCCACCCGAGGCAAAAAGUCCGGUUCCACGAAACGACUCUUGUUUGCUGCAAAGGGCUUUUCGGGGUAUUCCCGCGCUUACAGGCUUCUCUGUACAGUUAUAUGUAGAUACAAUUAGCACCUCAGGCGGGGCCUGGUGAAUAGCUGACGCAUACUCAAGUUGAGCACAUGGCACGGCGUCAGGAUGGUUCCCGCCAGGGGCUCCUCUGCCUCCUGGGGCUUCUCGCGGCACAGCUACAGCCGCUCCUAGCCACCACGGCUCAACCUAGCUCUGCAUCUUUGAGCUCACGCCACUCCAACAACUGGGCGGUGCUGGUGUCAACCUCCCGCUUCUGGCUGAACUACCGGCACAUCGUCAACACCAUGUCGAUUUACCACGUGGUGAAGCGGCUGGGCAUUCCGGACAGCAACAUCAUCCUCAUGAUACCUGACGACAUGGCGUGCAAUCCUCGCAACCCGCUGCCAGCCCAGCUCUUCAACAACGAGAGCCGCAAGCUGGACGUGUAUGGGCAGGACGUGGAGGUGGACUACCGGGGCUAUGAGGUCACGGUGGCCAACUUCCUGCAAGUCCUCACAGGCCGCCACGCGCCGGAGGUCCCGCUGUCGCGCCGCAUGCUGUCCGACAACUCCUCCAACGUGCUGGUAUACCUGUCGGGGCACGGCGGCGACGAGUUUAUGAAGUUCAAUGACGUGGAGGAGCUACUGGCGCAGGACCUGGCGGACGCGCUGGCCCAGAUGUCGGAAAAGGGCAGGUUCCGCGAGAUGCUGCUCAUCGUGGAGACGUGCCAGGCGGCCACGCUGGUGCAGCGCGUGACGGCGCCCAACACCAUCCUUGUUGCCUGCAGCCAGAAGGGCCAGCAGUCGUUGUCAUUCAAGUCGGACCCGGAGCUGGGGCUGUCGUUGAUCGACCGCUUCACGUACCAGACGCUAGCGUUCUUUGAAAACAUGGACAUCAGUAGCAACGAAAAGCUGAGCGACCUGUUUAAGACCUACAGCUACGACCUCAUGGAGUCGCACUUCUCGUACCGGAUGACAAACACGUCUCGAAAGCCCGAGAAUGUGCAGCUGACGGACUUUUUUGGUGCUGUGGCGGACGUGCGAACGGGUUCGCAACGAGGACCGCAGGACCAUAUGCUCCACGGAGACCAAGACGCGCGUCGUUUCCUGAUGACUGCGCUAAGCACGGAUUCCCCGGACACCUUAGACUCGUUGUUACUACGGCCACCUGACGGCCGUCUGGAAGGGCUCGCGAGCUCUUCGGCUGUCGCGGGGAUGGCGCCAAAUAGAAUGCCGACGGUUCCAGCCGGGUCGCUGACGCUGAGGAGAUGGACCGGCCUAGCGCUGCUGGUAACGAUAUUUUAUGUGUCUUUAGCUUACAUUGGAGGAGGGGGGGGCUCCUAGCGCGAAACGGGGUUGCCCAAACGGCAGCGUACGGCGGGGCCCGCGAUGACUGGGUGCCCGAAGUAUUAAGUUCCCCGCCGCUCGCGUUGACCUUAUUCUUCAUACUCCUCGUGACCAACACCUCAUUUAUUAUUGGCUGCGUAUAUCGUGAUCCCCCCAAGAGCGUGGGUUUGGGUGUAAAGUUUCAUCGGC